AUGCCACAAGGACCUGAACGACAGCAGCAUCUCGAGGUCCUUGGUGGGUUAGACAUGAAUGUCUGGAUUGUAGGGAGGAAGUCUGCACCGCUGCACAUCUGGGCGACAUACUGCCGCGGUGGAGAAGGCGUUGAGAAUGUCACUGGCUUGCCACGCCGUCUGCUGGACCUGAUAUCUCUGGUCUCACGCCGUGAGGAUGUGUCACACGAGCUACAGCAGUAUGCUGACGCGCUACCCCAGGCUCACGAUACAAUGACAGGCGUGUACCGCAGCUUUAUUCUGUCAGCACGGAUAUAUCUACAGAAGGAGCCCAUAGUCACACUCUUAACCGAGCUGUUCACUCUUGUUAGAUGCUUAAGACAAGAGAUACCAGGCACAGAUCUCGGUAUUCUGUCGUUUCCUGCCUACACGCUAGGCUAUCAUGGGGAAUUGCUGGAAUAUCGCACUCUCGCAGUGGAUGUUCUUUCCGCCCCCUCGACAACUUACCUUCCCGACGGUACGAGCGUGUUGCGGGGAUCGCCUUUGAACGCCAUGCGCAGCUACUGGGCCUCGAUAGGCGUACUGGACCGUUCGCUUGCGGGUGGCUGUGGCGACUCAGAAGUUGGGCUCUGGUAA